AUGGUAGAGGCAGUUGUGGUUGCGGCGGUGGGUGUUAGUGGUGGCGGUGGUGGUGGUGGUCCGGUGGGUCUAGGUGGUGGCGACGAUGGUGGUAGUGGUGGUGGCAUUAGAGGUGGUGGUGUUGAUGAUAGAGUUAGUAGUAACAACGAUAGAGGUAGGGUGGUGGUAACUGAGGUUAUAGGUGGUGCUGGUAGUGGUAGUGAUGGUGACGGUGGUGGUGGUAGUGGUGUCGGCGAUGGUGGUGGUGGUAACGGAAGCGGUGGUAGUGGUCGAUGGUGGUGGCGAAGGUGGCUGUGGUGGGUGGUAGUGGGCAGUGGUGGCGAAUGUUGUGGUGGAGGUGGUCGCGAGUAG